CAAACUCUCUUAAAACCCAAAGAAGAAAAGCAACUCGUGAGCUGAUUGGUGGAGAGUUUGGCGGACUUUAUCCGCUGCUGCUGCAGACAAAGUGGUGGUGUGUUCACUGACUUCAGUUCAGCUCCACGUCUUUCUGCGACUGGAAGUUCUUCUGCCUCUGACAGACCUCCUCCUCUUCAGAUCUCCGUUUCGAUUGGUGACCAUCCACUCAAAAACAAUGUCUUUGACAAACGGCGCCGGUGUGAGCAAAGAAACGUGGGAGUCGCACAACAAAAUGAUGCUGGAGCCCCUGGCCAUCAACGACUCCGAGGUUUUCUCCAUCAUAAAAAAAGAGAAGCACAGGCAGACGUACGGUCUGGAGCUCAUCGCGUCUGAGAACUUUGCCAGCAGAGCUGUUCUUGAGGCUCUGGGUUCUUGUAUGAACAACAAGUACUCUGAGGGGUAUCCUGGACAGAGGUAUUAUGGCGGCACAGAGCAUGUGGAUGAGCUGGAGAGGCUUUGUCAGAAGAGGGCGCUGGAGGCCUAUGGUCUGGACUCAGAGAAAUGGGGUGUGAACGUGCAGCCAUACUCAGGUUCGCCUGCUAACUUUGCGGUGUACACGGCCAUGGUGGAGCCCCACGGCAGAAUCAUGGGACUGGACCUUCCUGAUGGAGGUCACCUGACACACGGCUUCAUGACGGAGAAGAAGAAGAUCUCAGCCACGUCCAUCUUCUUUGAGUCAAUGCCAUACAAGGUGAAUCCAGAAACUGGCUACAUUGACUAUGACAGACUUCAAGAAAAUGCAAAGCUGUUCCAUCCCAGACUCAUCAUUGCGGGAACAAGCUGCUACUCCCGUAACCUUGACUACCCUCGUAUGAGGCAGAUCGCUAACGAGAACAGUGCCUAUCUGAUGGCAGACAUGGCUCACAUCAGUGGCUUGGUGGCGGCCGGUGUGGUGCCCUCUCCCUUUGAGCACUGUGACAUUGUUUCCACCACGACGCACAAGACGCUGCGCGGCUGCCGUGCUGGACUUAUCUUCUACAGGAAAGGUGUGCGGAGCGUCGAUGCUAAAGGCAAAGAGACUCUGUACAACUUGGAGUCUUUGAUUAAUCAGGCUGUGUUUCCUGGGCUGCAGGGAGGACCACACAACCACGCUAUUGCAGGUGUAGCUGUCGCUCUCAAACAAGCCAUGACUCCUGAGUUUAAGGCCUACCAGCAGCAGGUUCUUGAUAACUGCAAAGUUCUGUCCAGUGCCCUGAUUGACCACGGCUACAAGAUCGUCACUGGCGGUUCUGACACCCAUCUGAUCCUGCUGGACCUGCGCAGCAAAGGAACUGAUGGAGGACGAGCGGAGAAGGUUCUGGAAGCCUGUGCCAUCGCCUGUAAUAAGAACACCUGUCCAGGGGAUAAAAGUGCUUUACGCCCCAGUGGUCUAAGGUUUGGCUCUCCAGCUCUGACCUCCAGAGGCCUGGUGCAGGAUGACUUCAGAAAAGUGGCUGAGUUCAUUCACAGAGCUAUUCAGUUGACCUUGGAGUUGCAAAGCAGCCUGGAACCCAAGGCCACUCUGAAGGAGUUUGUUCAGGCUCUGUCCAAGGACGAGAAGUUCCAGCAACGGGUGGCGGAGAUCCGGGCUGAGGUGGAGGCUUUUUCUGGUCAGUUCCCAAUGCCUGGCCUUCCUGAGCUGUAGAUGGCAGCACUUCAGAUGUCUUCCUCACUGAAGCUCAUUAACAAACGUUGUUCUAUCAGUUUUGAAGGUGUGUUAUAUGUGUAUAUUUUUUUCUGUUAAAUCAGCCACUCUCCAAAACGACACACUUGACAGCAGCCAUAGAUACACAUGUACUGUAUUAUAACAUAACAUGGAAUAGAUGUUUCAGUGAUUCAGUGCUGCUACUGUGCCUUUACUGGGUUAGGUGGGUUUUUUUUCACGGUUUCCUGAGUCUUUAAGAAGCUUUAAGUCAGAAAUCGCAGUUUGCUUUGUAUUACACUUACAAUUCCAAAGGUUGCUAGAAGACUGCCACACAUUUGAGACCAAAACACAACUGCUGGUUUGAUAUGUGAGCACCCUGUGUUAUAAACUAGACAUAUACAACAGAAUGUUCUGAAUAAUAAAAGUGCUGUUACAUGUG